GAUGGCCGUUGUAGUAAAGGUCAUAUGUUUCUGUAAAAAUCGGAAAGAGUCACUACUAUGUUCCCCGAUUGCUUGGUGCAGGGUAAGGAAAAACUUAGAUGCCAAGCAAUAUGAUAACUUGGAAAGGUGCAGCAGAUCUGGAAGCAGAACAAUUUAUCGCCUACAGUUGUUAGUUUUGACACUGUAGUUCGCUCGAUUGGCCAAAUGGUGAAAAAUAAUGUGGGCGAUUCAUAUUUUUCUGUGAGUCAUCCCUAAGAUUCAUCAUUUGCGCAGUGUCAGCCCCUUUACGCACAAGUGUAAAGACAGAAAUCAAGUGCAAGCACAUAUAUUGAUUGUUUACGAUUCAAGAAUCAUUUGCUAUGCCUGGAUACUACUUAACGACAAUUGACCGAUCUGGGAUCGACAAAAAGAACGUAUGUCCUAAAUGUGACGAGCUCCUCAAAGAAGCAGUACAGACCAUAGCCUGCGGCCACAGAUAUUGUAAAGCAUGUGUGCAAGACAUACUAAGUCAGGUACCAGGAAAAUGUGUCAUAGAUGGGACACUCAUUCAGCGAGAACAGGUUUUCCAAGACCGAUUUGUUGAGCGAGAAAUCCAGUCAUUGACGCUACACUGCGUCAACCAUGAGCACGGUUGUAAAUGGAAGGAUGAACUGAGAAAACGAGAGGCCCAUGAAGCUGUUUGUGAGUAUCUGAAACUACCUUGUGUUCACUCCGACUGUGGCGAACUGGUGACUAGAGCCCAAUUAGCAGACCAUCUGGAACAGAGGUGCCAGUAUAGGUUGGACACAUGUGAGUACUUCCAUACUCAAGUCAUUUUUGCAGCUAUAUAGGUAUGUACAGGGAUAACUAAAUAAUUAAACAACCUACCAACGUGCACAACUCCAACGGACAUUUUUCGAUAAAGAUAUCCUUAGUUAGUGCGUCAGUACGACGAAUCGCUCUGAUAUUUAAGCAGUCACUGUAACGUCUCUGAAAAUGCACUGUCAUUUAAAAGUAUUUCCCCUGACUGAAAAGGACCAAGCUUAAGUUCACCUGACAACAAAAACGACGAUAAUCACCUUUUUUCUGUCUCGCAUGAAUUAUUUUCGUUUCCCUUUGAAUAACUAGACAUCUCGAUGUUCAAAAUACUUGAAUAGUGGCUGACACCUGCGCCAAUCGAAAAUCUCUGCGCGAACAAUUUCGCAAGCUGGAAGCCCUCCUUACCAUCUCCGACAAGAUUUGUGUCAAAAGUUUAAAGGCUCGAGGUGCUCAAAUUAAACAAUGAUCUUCUUUCCAAGCUCUCACAAGUUUCGAUGUGGCUGAACAUCAUAACAGAAGCAUAAGGUGGUACGUAAUACGUGUGCUGCUUUCGUAAUUUUGUCCAAUGGAUUCUUUCUACUAUUCUCACGACAGGAACAUCAUGAAACCCAGUGCCCUGCGGUGCUAAUCGAAUGCGCAAAGUGUAAUAGGAAGGACAUUCCUCGUGGACAGGUGAGCUCAGCUACACUUUCUUCAUUGGUUUUUAAGAAAAGCAAGUCUCUUGAAUUACCGUCGAUUAUUUUAGGUGAGGAAAAUCAGCAAGUAAAGU